AUGUCAGAGGUCUUCCUUUGUUGCAAAGCAACGGCACUGCCAGAACUUUCAAAACCAUCGAUUGAAAAGAAGACAUCGCCAAUUGACAAUCCAGCUAUAGAUGUUGCUAAUUCUCGUUCAGAUAGUCAACGACUCAAGAGCAAAGUUUCUAUUCUCACAAUAGAAAACAACAUUUUGAUUAUUGAAAUAUAUACAUCCUCUCUUUAUACUCACCAGUUGCCAAGGGUAAUGCAAAUAUCAGUAUGGUAUGGACCCAGUGUCGUCAACUGGACCAUACUGGACAUAAGCUCAACAACAACAGUGACGAAAAACAUACCACAACUAUUAAUAAAAGGAUAUGCCUCGGUAAAUCCUGCAUCACCGUUGCGAAUAACAAAUGACGAAGCAAGCGUAGUUCAAGGGGCUGGUGGUGGUGGACUUAAUAACAGUAAAGUCGGACCACUCGAACGAUAUGAUCAUAUGGUGGCGUCGAGUAUGAUAGCAGCAGAUGAUUUUCAAAGGGGAAUAGUGAUGCUAUUACAAGAUCUUCAUGACCGUUUAUGCGGCUACGAUCCUCCAUUGAUUUCGGACUUGAGAGAUACUGUAGAAACCGGAUCGAUAUUUGACAAGCUAUCAAAAUUAUUCAGCUCACCUGCAAAAUCGCAACGACCUGCAUACGGCCCUAGAGGACUAUACUUAUAUGGUGAUGUUGGAUGUGGAAAAACAAUGUUAAUGGAUUUAUUCUACGACACUCUUUCCACAAAACGAAAACGUCGCAUACAUUUCCACGCAUUCAUGCAAGACGUCCACGCACGAAUUCAUCUCUUAAAACAAGCAAAUUCCGAACACUACGAUCCAAUCCCGCCGAUUGCCACUGACUUGGCAAACGACGCAAUAAUACUAUGUUUCGACGAGUUCCAAGUGACCGACAUCGCCGACGCAAUGAUCCUCCGACGUCUAUUCACCGAGCUAUUUGACCGUGGUGUGGUAGUAGUCACAACAUCAAAUCGCCACCCGGACGAACUAUACAAAAACGGUAUCCAGCGAAAAAGUUUCAUACCAUGUAUCAACCUGCUGAAAGAACGGUGUCUUGUACAAACACUAAACUCCGGGACAGACUAUCGAAAACUCGAACGAAAUAAUAGUCAUGUAUAUUAUAGUCCGUUGAAUCAGCAGACUGAUGAGGAGAUCGAGGCUCUGUUCAAUCGAUUGACACAAGGUCGUGAAGUACGACAGCGGUCUUUGGAGUUUUUGGGAAGGUCGCUUAAUAUCCCGUUGGCUUGUGAUGGUAUUGCCAGAUUCUCGUUUGCAGAGUUGUGUGGGCAGCCGUUGAGCGCGGCAGAUUAUUUAGAGUUGACAAAACAUUAUCGGGUGAUUAUGGUUACUGGGAUACCUCGAAUGUCAUUGGCUUUAAAGAACGAAGCACGAAGGUUUAUCACGUUGAUUGAUGCGCUUUAUGACACAAAGUCAGUAUUAAUAUGCUCAGCAGAGGCACCAGUCAACCAGCUAUUCAUCACCGAAGAGAAAUACGACCCGUCAUUACAACGAUACAUGGACGAACGUCAUCGACAACUGAUUGACGAUCUCGGACUACAAGAUCACGAAAACAAAUAUAAUCCGAUUUUCACGGGCGAGGAAGAAAUAUUCGCGUUUGAAAGAGCUGUUUCGCGACUCGUGGAAAUGCAGGGAAUUGAUUGGGUUAAUUGGGUUGAUCCAAGUUUGAGUAGAAAAAUUGGACGAUGA